AUGUUUCCUGUGAAGGAGAAAGUGCACCUCAGUCUCACCCUCACCUGCCACACAGGGUCAUCAGGUUCUUUGCUCUCUCAAGAACCAGGAUUUUCUCUGUUUGGACUGUGCUCACUGAGUCUGGACCAGACACUCUGUAAAAGACAGAUGAUCAACAGGAGGAUGGAUCGCCUGAGGGCACCUCUGAGUUUGGAGCUGCAGACGGUGAACUGUACAGCGUUCCGAAUUCAGUGGAAAAUUCCACACAGGCACAACACUAUCACUGGAUACAGGGUGUUCUAUGCAGAGAUGAGAGACGGUCGUUAUGUGAAUCCCACCAUGAUUCUGGAUGUUCCUCUGAGUGCACACACACUCCUCACUGAUGUGGUGAUUGGAGGGCUGGACAUGGGGACUCAGUACGGUAUCAGUGUAGCAGCGUAUGAUGGAACAACACAGGGACGUCCCAGCAUGCCGAGGAGUGUUAGCACCGCCUCCCAGGGUGUGUGUAUGCCCCCCUCCGCUCCCACUCAGGCUGAGGUGGUUGCCUUGUCGGACACAGAAUUGGCAUUGUCAUGGCAACAGAGUGAAAGUCAAGGGAGCUCACCUGUGCUCCACUUCCUGGUUGCGUACAUCAGGCCAGAGAUGGACUCUGAGUGGACGAUCAUCCGUGAGCCGGUGGAGUCGAACUCAAUGGUUUUUAAGGGUCUAAUUCCGCAAACUAAGUAUCAGUUCAUCAUCAGAUCUGUAAACCAGUAUGGUAUCAGUCAUCCCAGCCCAGUCAGCCACCCCAUCCGCACCCUUGCAGGUCCGGCUGAAGUGAGCAGUGGUGAUGAGGAGCUCUACACGGAUGAUGUGGGGUUUGCUGUUGACUCAGAUUAUGAUGUCUUUGUAGAUGAGCUGCAGCCAUUUCCUGUUAUGAAGAACCUACACUCCCAGCUCCGAUCACCAAGCAGUGCUUCUGCUAAUGGACAUGUAAUUUACAGAAAGACAAUACUGCACAACACACCUGUGCUCAAAAACACACCUGAACUUCAGAUCAGUGACAUGCCAUUCAAUAAAGUUUGGACAUUAACGACUACCACACCCAGCAUAAGCCCCACCCUUUCUAAAACAGCACCUCCCAUCACACGCCCCCUGCUUUCUAAAACAGCCCUUCCCACCACCAGCCCUAUCAUCACAUCCUGGAAAGGCAUGGAGCCCCGUGUGUAUGAUGUGUCAUGUGAUGAGACAGUGUGCCCUCCGGACAGUUUCUGCAGUAAUGACUACGACAGCGGAGGAUCAAGAUGUCACUGCAACCUUGGUCACCGUGGAAACCUCUGCUCCGAAGGUGUGUUGAUACGGUUUCCAAGGUUUUACGGAUUUUCUCACAUGACUUUUGAACCCCUAAAGAACUCGUACCAGAGCUUCCAGAUUACUCUGGAGUUCAAGGCGGACUCUGAGGAUGGUCUAUUGUUGUACUGUGGAGAGAAUGAACGCAGUCGAGGAGAUUUCAUAUCUCUUGCUCUGGUGCACAAGAAACUUCACUACAGGUUUAACUGUGGCACAGGGGCAGCGCAGAUCAUCAGUCAUAGCUCUGUGGUGAUUGGUCAGUGGCACACGGUCACUCUGUUCCGAGAGGGAGUUAAUGGCUGGCUACAACUCGACAGCAACACCCCUGUGUCUGGACACUCACUUGGUCACUACAGCAAAAUAACCUUCCGCACUCCUCUGUUUGUGGGUGGAGCUCCCAGUGUAUACUGGCUCAUGAAGACAGUUGGAACCAAUCAUGGUUUUCAUGGGUGUGUCCAGAGACUGUCAAUCAAUGGCAGAUACACUGAGCUGAGACCCUGGCCACAGGGACACGCCCUCAGUGGGGCAGACAUCGGUGAGUGCAGUACCAGUGUGUGUGAUGAGGUGGUGUGUGAGCACAGUGGAGUGUGUUACCCAACUCGUGCAGACAGCUACAUCUGCCUCUGUCCUCUGGGAUACAGAGGGGUUCAUUGUGAGGAGAGCUUUGUGCUGUCUCUGCCCCGCUUCAGUGAGAGUGUGCAGUCGUUCGCCAGCGCCCCCUGGCCUCAGCACACACACUCCUACCUUUCCUUCAUGGAGUUCCACAUCACCUUCAAACCCACUAAUCAGGAUGGAACUCUGCUCUACAGCCACGAUGAGCACAGCCAUGACUUCUUGUCCAUUGUACUGGUGGGCGGGGCUGUGGAGUUCCACUUCGACUGUGGCACUGGAGCUGCCAUCAUCAGGAGCGAGCAGCCCGUCAGUAUGAACGUGUGGCACGACUUAAGAGCGUCUCGGACGGCAAAAAGUGGAAUCCUGCAGGUGGACAAUCAGUGGCCAGUAGAGGGCAGUGCUGAGGGGGCAUUUACUCAGAUUAAAUGCAGUUCUCCUCUCUAUAUCGGUGGGGUUCCUGAUUAUGAUUCCACAAAAGGCAGCGCUGGAGUAGCCAGACCAUUCAGUGGAGACAUUCAGAGAAUCACACUGAAUGACCGUGAGGUUGCUAUGGUGACGGGUCAAGUGAUGGGUGUGAAUGUGAUGAACACGCCUCACCCCUGUGUGGAAAACCCGUGUGCUAAUGGAGGAACAUGCAGACCCAAACGAGAUGAGUACGAGUGUGACUGUAUACUGGGGUAUGACGGAACACACUGCCAAAAAGAGUGUGGAAACUACUGCUAUAACUCUGUAACUGAAGCGAUUGAAAUUCCUCAGUUCACGGGCCGCAGUUAUCUCACAUACGACAGUCAAGAGAUACUUAAAAGAGUAUCUGGUUUGAGGACGAGUGUGUUCCUGCGCUUUAAGAGCUCAUCUAAAGACGGACUGUUACUGUGGAGAGGAGAGAACCCAGGCCAAGCUCACACUGACUACCUGUCUCUCGGCCUGCAGAAUGGAACACUCAUCUUCAGUUAUGACCUGGGCAGUGGGGCCGUGUUUGUGGUGGUUAAUGGAGCCUUCAGUGAUGGAAAGUGGCACAGAGUGAAAGCAGUCAGGGACGGACAGAGUGGGAAGCUGACUGUGGAUGAUUAUGGAGUUGAGACAGGACAAUCACCUGGCAAGAUGAGACAACUAAACGUCAAUGGAGAACUUUACAUAGGUGGGAUGAAGGAGGUCGCUCUCCACACCAGUCAUCAGUACCUGGCAGGUUUAGUUGGCUGUGUUUCACACUUCACUCUAUCCACUGACUAUCACGUGUCUCUGGUUGAGGAUGCAGUUGAUGGCAAGAACAUUAACACCUGCAGCAACUGA